AUGCUCCUGUCCAUGGUCGUCGCGCCGACCGUCAGCAGCCAAGGCGCCUCGUUGGAGAGGGUGCGCGCGGACGGCCCAUUGUUUCCCGCGGCGCAGCUGACGAAGAUGCCCUUCUCCACCGCCUUGAAGCCGCCGAUGGCAACGGGAUUAGCGUCGAAGCUGCUGGAUGGGCCACCAAGAGACAGCGACGCCACGUGGAUCCCAUCGCUGAUGGCGGUGUCGAGACCCGCCAGGAUAUCGCUACUUGGACAGCCAUUGGAGCCGCACACCUUAUAG